GAGGGGGGAUAGGAGAGACUCAUGCACGCGCCCCACUCGCUGCGGGUGUGCGAGCAGCGCGCUCCCGCCGCCCGCGUCGCCAUCUUUUCCCCCUCCGUCUGUCUGUCUGCCGUUGGCUUUGUCCGUCUGCAGCGCCGCCCCUGGGCUCCCCGCCACCAGCUCGGCCCGGAGCUGCCCUCUGCCCGCCGGGGCCCAGUCCCGGAGAGCCCCGGCCCGGCCAGCCCGAGCUGCGGCCCAGGGCCCAUUGUCCGGCCGUCCGUCUGUCCGGAGGCGGGGCCCAGGGACACGGAGCGCCGCGGAGCGCCGAGGCGCCGGGAAGCCAGAGGGACCGUCUCGGCUGGUUAUACACACGCUCCAGACCGAGCAGAAGUGGGAACAGGGUGACCUGUGAGGCGGCUACGUGACCAGCUUGCUUGUCCUCUCCUUUUUGGCAGAUACAGAUACCUGGGAUUCAGGCGAGUUUACUUUGCUCCGUGGGAACUGCACCAGAGCUGGAGGUCUGAAAAAGAACUGUGUUUGAUAUGCAGAUAUGAUAGAAGACUGCCUGAAAGCUGCUUCCUUUGCCACUUCCUGUGGAGGCCUGUCUUUGCCAUUUGCGGUUUCUUUCUUCUUUUGGUCAGCACCUUGCAAGGAGGUAGUAACAUCCAGUCGUGAAACUGGGAAAAGCCAGAGCUCUUGGAUCAGGGAAACAUGUCCCGUCGGAAACAGACAAAUCCAAAUAAAGUUCACUGGGAUCAAGUGUUUGCUGGGCUCGAAGAGCAAGCCCGCCAGGCGAUGAUGAAAACUGAUUUUCCUGGAGACCUUGGCAGUCAGCGACAAGCUAUCCAACAACUAAGAGAUCAGGACUCCAGUAGCAGUGACAGUGAGGGUGAUGAAGAGGAGACCACACAAGAUGAAGUCUCUUCCCACACAUCAGAGGAAGACGGAGGGGUGGUCAAAGUGGAAAAAGAGUUAGAAAAUGCAGAACAGCCUGUUGGUGGGAACAGUGUGGUAGAGCAUGAGGUCACGGAGAAUUUGAAUUCUGACCCCUUACUUGGACUCUGCCAGUGUCCCCUCUGCCAGCUAGACUGUGGGAGUCGGGGGCAGCUGAUUGCACAUGUGUACCAGCACACUGCAGCAGUGGUGAGCGCCAAGAGCUACAUGUGUCCUGUCUGUGGCCGGGCCCUUAGCUCCCCCGGGUCAUUGGGUCGCCACCUCUUAAUCCACUCGGAGGACCAGCGGUCUAACUGUGCUGUGUGUGGAGCCCGUUUUACUAGCCAUGCCACGUUUAACAGUGAGAAACUUCCUGAAGUCCUUAAUAUGGAAUCCCUACCGCCAGUCCACAGUGAGGGCCCCUCUAGUGCUGAGGGGAAGGACAUUGCCUUUAGUCCUCCAGUGUACCCUGCUGGAAUUCUGCUUGUGUGCAACAACUGUGCUGCCUACCGGAAACUGCUAGAAGCCCAGACCCCCAGUGUACGCAAGUGGGCCCUGCGUCGACAGAACGAGCCUUUGGAAGUCCGGCUGCAGCGGCUGGAACGAGAGCGCACAGCCAAGAAGAGCCGGCGGGACAAUGAGACCCCCGAGGAGCGGGAGGUAAGGCGCAUGAGGGACCGAGAAGCCAAGCGCCUGCAGCGCAUGCAGGAGACAGACGAGCAGCGGGCACGCCGGCUGCAGCGAGAUAGGGAGGCCAUGAGGCUGAAGCGGGCCAAUGAAACCCCGGAGAAGCGGCAGGCCCGGCUCAUCCGGGAGCGGGAGGCCAAGCGGCUCAAGAGGAGGCUGGAGAAAAUGGACAUGAUGUUGCGAGCUCAGUUUGGCCAGGACCCUUCUGCCAUGGCAGCCUUAGCAGCCGAAAUGAACUUCUUCCAGCUACCUGUGAGUGGGGUGGAGUUGGACAGCCAGCUCCUGGGCAAGAUGGCCUUUGAAGAGCAGAACAGCAGCUCUCUGCACUGAACCACACCCUCCUGCCUGCCUUCCCACUCAGCCGUCCCCAGGGUCCUGUCCUUGCUGCCGGAGGCAGGCCCGAGUUUGUUGCAGGUGGACCUGUGUACCCCUCGCAUAUGGGAGCAGGAUGAUGGGGUCAGGAGGCACCCAGCUCAAGGCAGCUCUGGAUGAGGGAGGAGGCACUCCAGACACCUCAACUCCCCAGCCCACUGCUGCAGAGCAUGCGCAUAGGACUCUGGGGCCCCAGUGUGGCCCACGCCCACCCCACGGAGUUGUGAGGGCAAAUAAAUUAAUUUUAUCUUUACUGGCCCUUUCCUGCUUUUCUCUCGAUUUCAUUCUAGCAAAUCUAGGAGAGACGUGGAUGGAAGUUUUCAGGCAGGGACGUCUAGCCAUUGUCUUUUGCCGAGGGACGGUGCUCCUCAACACAGGCUCUCCUGGCAGAGAUCCCGUAUCUGGCCCUUCACAAGUUAAUGACGACAUUAAGGAAGAACCGAUGCUGACUUUGUGAGGGUGCAUGCCCACAACACUAAUGAAGAUCACCUGUGGUCCCAAGAGCUAUUUCAACCCAGCUUACCUUUUCCAAACUCAGAAGUAGACGCCUUUCCUCAUAACUGGCAUUUGCUAAAGAGGAUGCAGUAUUUAGACCAGGUACCAGCUACUUUUCCCAGCAGAAUUCAGUCUGCCAAACUUUUAAAAAUUCUACCCUAGACAACACUCAGUUGCAUUCAGGAAAACAUUCAUAGAAAUAGCUGCAAUAUUAAGGUUCAUAGUGCCGAGGAACUCAUGUUUGAGAGAAGAGGUAAAAACCCAUCUUCUUAUUUACUCCUCAGAGCCAAGGUAGGAUAAUAAAACCCAUUGAGGAAAAUCCAGAAUUAAGGUGCCAUGAGAGCUCAAGUCAGUAGCGGUCAAGGCCAGAGCAAAAUGACUACUCCGGCAGUUUGUAUGGCUGCCAAACCAUGGAGGAGACAAGAGCUGAGGUCAUUUCUAAAAAGCUUCUGUGAUGGUACACAACAAGCACAGAACUUUCCUUAGCCUGCACCAAAGGUUGUAUACAGUUUAGAUAAUUACAGAUCUUGAAGUCCAGAAGGAAGUGCCCUAGUUAAGUUGUAGCCAGAAAAAUAACUAUGCCAGGAAUGUGGACCUCUUCCAAUAUCAUAACAAGGAAACUGGACUCCUCUCUGACCUCCACAGGUUCAAGGCUAUUUAAGAGUGUUAACUGACCCCCCCCCCACCAAACUAGGGUUAAUUCCCACCAGGCAGGCUGAAAUAUUUGUCUUGAAAAAUACAAAAAUAUUAAUAAGCUUAUUACAAAAUACUGGACAUUUAAAAGAAAAUAUUUAAUUGAGCCAAAUGGCUUUUUCUCACAGAGCCCCACAUGGAAGUCCUACUUGGGAUGUUUCAAAAUGGUUGAGCACUCAUUAUGUGUCAAAGAUUGUUCUGAGCACUUUCGUGGAUUAUCUCAUUUAAUUUUUACAAUGAACUGUGAGUUAACGCAAACUCAGGAAUUAGGUGCCUGGAUUUAACAUUCUGUACUGCUAAUUAAUAGCUGUGUAACUUUGGGUAAGUUACUUAAACCUCUUGGUUUCCCCACCCACAAAACGAAAAUAAUAAUACUAGCAACAAACGGUUGUUAAUAUAUAAUGCACCUAGGCUAUUUUG